AUGGCGCACCAAAGAAUGCCUCGUGAUCAACGUUCGUGCGCUCGUUCAACGAUCAAAAAUACAGAUGGCGACAAAUCCGUCUCUGGGAUUUCUCCUGGCACUCUAAUUUUGUUGUCGUACGUACUGGCUUCAAUGAUUCUUGUGAUGGGCGCUGCAGAAGCGCUCGGUGAAUCUACAAAUCCCCUCCCCGAAGACGAAGAGGAUAUGUUCCACCCAUCCAUGAAUUUACUUCUUUACGGGAAAAGAAAUCUACCCGCGACUUCAUUUGGAGAAAACUUCAAGCCACAAGCCGACUUUUAUGGAGGUUCCGAAAGUCGAAUAGAAAAGCUCAUAAACUUGGUAUAUUACAUUUGA